UAAACCACGUCCCUGAUUGUACCACCAACAAAUAAACAUCUACAUCAUAAGGACGAAACACCGAUGUUAUCAGGCUAUUUCUAUCUGUCAACAUAACAGCUGGCCCGGUUAGACGACAUGUCUAGACUUAUAAAAAAAUAUUACACAAGAAAAUAAGUAACACAGUACGACAUGCUCGUUACCUACCAGUUGUCUUGUAAAGAUUAUAUAACUGUGAGAAAUUAUGGUUGUGUAACGGUAGUUUGAAUGUUACGAAAGCACGUCCAUGAAACCCUGUAAACAAGGUUUGUCGACCUACCUCGAAGGUUAUAGAGUAGCCAGUAGGGUAAACACUAGUACAUGGUAGUCGAAGCAUGCAGUAAGUUUCAUCAGAAAAGACCAUUCUCAGAUUACUUACCUGAUGAAAUAUCAUCCACGUGUUGGACUCCGGAUACGUUUUUGUUUCUCAGCCCAUAUCCCCGACAGGCCUGGUGUGGUUAUUUGUUGGUUCCGGUGAUUGACUUCAACAGUUCGCAACUGACGACUCCGCUAUACAGAGAUAUUCUGCACGCUGAAUAUAAGAAAAAACAUGACGGAGAAACUCCUCAAUGGUGUGACCUGUGAUGUCACCAAUCUCACAAUGAAGGAUGUUACCUCCACACAGACAGGGACAUUCAAGGUCAAGGCUGGUUUAGCUCAGAUGGCCAAAGGUGGCAUCAUCAUGGAUGUUACAACACCAGAGGAAGCCCGCAUAGCUGAAGAGGCUGGGGCAUGUGCUGUCAUGGCACUAGAGCGUGUCCCUGCUGAUAUACGAAGAGAAGGGGGCGUGGCUAGAAUGACUGAUCCAAUGAAGAUAAAGGGAAUAAUUGCAGCAGUGACUAUCCCAGUAAUGGCCAAAUCAAGAAUUGGUCAUUUUGCAGAGGCUCAGAUUCUUCAAGCUCUUGGGGUGGACAUGGUAGAUGAAUCAGAAGUGUUAACACCUGCAGAUGAGGUGAACCACAUCAACAAACACAAUUUUGAAGUGCCAUUUGUUUGUGGAGCCCGUGAUCUUGGUGAAGCAUUACGCAGAAUUUCAGAAGGAGCUGCCAUGAUCAGGACAAAAGGGGAAGCAGGAACUGGGGAUGUUUCUGAAGCUGUGAAACAUGCCAGAACAAUCAACAAACAGAUCAAGACAGCAAGUGCCAUGGACUCAACAGAAUUAUACAACUAUGCCAAGGAACUUCGUGUGCCACAUGAGCUGCUGAAAAAAACUGCAGAGUUGGGGAGACUUCCUGUCGUCAAUUUUGCAGCAGGGGGCUUAGCCACUCCAGCCGAUGUUUCUCUCCUGAUGCAGCUUGGUGUCGAUGGUGUAUUUGUAGGAUCAGGAAUUUUCAAAAGUUCAAAUCCGGCCAAACGUGCAGUUGCCAUGGCUCAAGCUGUAACACACUACAAAGAUCCUAAGAUAUUGGCUGAGUUAAGCUCGGACCUUGGCGACGCUAUGUUCGGUGUUCCCCAUGGAGAUAAAUCUGCUGAUAAAUGGACUAAAACAAAGAGCACUGUUGGUGCAGACAAAAUGAAAAUCUGGGAUGCUACACUUGGUGACCCAGCCAAACUUAAUGGACAGUGAUGGAUGUUAAACAUUUUUGACAAAGGAAAUAAGACUUUUUUUGUGAUCAUUUGUAGUUUGUUUGUGGAUAAGAGUCAGUCAUAUAUAUGUUUUUAUUACCAGAGUAAUUUUUAGUUUUAUUAA